AACAGGAAGUCUUUUAACCAAAUCGGUUCUUUUGGGGAGUUUUUCUUCGUUUCGUGUAUAUUUUCGUUAAGAUUAAUCGUCACAUUUUCUGUUUAUUUUUAUAAACGAUAUUAGUGUAGUCCCGUGCAGGAUUAGUUUGCUGGUGUGACGUCACCGCCAGCAUUGGACUUCACGUCAUUCUUCUCUGGUCAGUUACUUGAGUGGACGGUAGUCCUCAUUUGUUUAUGGGUUACAGAUUAAGUAACCAUUCAUUUAAAGAGACCGCGAGAAAGUCAGUCACUGGUGUUCUGUACGAGACUCCGUCAGUCAGCGCUAGAGAUUUCUGAUACAAAAUUGUAUUAAAACGUUUCUUUAUUCACAUAUCGUUUCAGUAAUAUAGUAAAAUGUCCAGGGGCUGUUUCAUGUAUUUUGCUUAUGGUAGCAAUUUAUUGAAAGAGAGACUCCAGCUGAAAAACCCGUCAGCUGUGUUUCACAGCAUUGGCAAAAUUAAGGACUACAGGUUGAACUUUGGGCUUCCGGCUGACAUUACAAACUGUGCCUGGCACGGUGGAGUGGCCACCAUCCAGGAGUGUGAUGGAGAGGAGGUUUGGGGAAUCGUGUGGACGUUAGAUCAUGACAACCUGUCCACUUUAGACCAACAGGAACAGGUGCACGAUGGAUUGUACAGCCCAUUAGAGGUGAAAGUGGAAAGAGAUGAGGGACCGCUUCUCUGUCGGACAUAUAAGAUGAACAAUUUUAGACAUUGUGAACCUUCACCACAGUAUAAAAAGGUUGUGUGUUUGGGGGCACAACAGAAUGGGCUGCCUCAAAACUACCUACAGAAGCUUCUGGCACUGAAGACCAAUGACUACAGCGGCACUUCAGUAUUAGAUCAGAUUACUGCCAUCGAGAAAUGACCUGCAGGAGACACCAGUGGGAUGCUGUGGUGCUCUAUUUGAGACAAUAUACCAAUAAAUCUCUGCAGUCUUGUGAAAUACAUUUAAAUCUUGAAGAACACUGGCGUGCCCAAGCAUGACGUAUUUUUGUAGGCCAACCCGGAAGUUAGCGGGACACUGGUUCCCUGGCUAAAAAAAAAACCCAUUAUUUUUUACAUAGACUUUUUGAUUAUCCCAAAAAACAAACUUUAACAAAAGUUUAUGAAAUGUACACCUUUUGUCCAAUAAGUUCUUCACAGAUGAACACAACUUUUAUGAAUUUUGAAGUUUAAUAGAAUCAUAAAAUAUUAACUUGUUGGACAAAACGUGAAAGUGUCAAACUCCACGAUUUUUGUGUCUUAAAAAUAAUCUCACAGUGAUAACCAAGUAAAUUAUAAAGUAAAUACAUUAACUUUUGUCUUUACUCACUCAUCUCAUAUGUUUUGUCAAUCUAAGAUAUUUGGCAACAGUUUCAUAAAUGGGUAACACUUAACAAAAAAGUUCAAAUUGCUAACAUUAUAACUUAACUUUAAAUCAGCAACAGAUCAGUUAAUAUGAUAAAUUAUCAUUAGUAACAAACUGGAAAAAUCAACCAACAACAUUUAUCUUAAUUUCAACAUUUACUAAUACAUUGGUAUUAAAUAACAUUAAGAAAGACUGAUAAAUGAUGUAAAAUUAUUGCUCACUGA